GGUGUGUUUUAUGUUGAAGGGUGUGUGUAUGUGUGUGGAAGCGCUGUGUCUGCUUCGGUGUGGCAGCUUGUCGGCGGAGCAGCGCUGCCCUCCCCCGGUGCACACUCACUCUCCCCCGGUGACUCGUCACUCCGCGCUGGAAGAUGGCUGCGGUGGAGCGGACCCCGGUCAGGGAAGGGAUCCGGAUAGCUUCACUGUGUGUGUGCUGGUACACGGUCAGCUCGGGGGGCAAUGUGGUCAACAAAAUCAUCCUGAAUAGCUUCCCGUACCCGGUCACGGUCUCUCUGUUCCACAUCAUCUCCAUCGUCGUCUUCCUCCCGCCGCUGCUGCGGGCUUGGGGAGUCCCCAAAACAGAACUGCCGAGCAGGUACUACCGCUGGUACAUCCUGCCUUUAGCUUUCGGGAAAUACUUCGCAUCCGUGUCGGCUCACUUCAGCAUAUGGAAAGUGCCUGUUUCGUAUGCGCACACUGUCAAAGCCACAAUGCCAAUAUGGGUUGUGCUGCUAUCAAGAAUUAUCAUGAGGGAGAAGCAAACCACAAAGGUCUACAUAUCGCUCAUCCCCAUCAUCGGUGGAGUGCUGCUGGCCACAGUCACUGAGCUGUCCUUUGAUGUUUCAGGACUAAUCAGCGCUCUGGCUGCGACGCUCUGCUUCUCUCUGCAGAACAUUUUCUCCAAAAAGGUGUUGCGUGACACCAGAGUUCACCACCUGAGGCUGCUCAACAUCCUCGGCUUUAACGCUGUGAUCUUCAUGCUGCCCACCUGGGUGCUAGUGGACCUCUCAGUGUUUCUCGUGAAUGGAGACCUGUCGGACGUCUCAGAAUGGACGGGUACGUUUGUCCUCCUGCUCAUCAGCGGCUUCUGCAAUUUCGCCCAAAACGUCAUCGCCUUCAGUGUUCUUAACCUCGUCAGCCCUCUCAGCUACGCCGUCGCCAACGCCACCAAGAGGAUCAUGGUGAUCAGCAUCUCGCUGUUCAUGCUGCGCAACCCGGUCACCCUCACUAACCUCAUGGGUAUGAUGACGGCCAUUGUUGGAGUCUUCCUUUACAACAAGGCCAAGUAUGACGCUAACAAGCAGAAGAAGCUGUUGCUGACCUCCACACAGGACCUGAUGUCCUUUGACAACCCGGCGCUGGAGAAGCUCCAGACCAACGGGUCAGUGCCUUUCUCCCACGGCUCAGAGCAGCAGCACAGCUGGAACAACGUGUUGACCGACCACUUCCAGUACAGCCGGCAGACCUACACGACAAACUACAGCAGCAACCACCAGUACGUUGUGUAGAGGAGGAGUGUGUCCUCGCUCUGGGUAGCUGUCAUAGACAUUACUGUGUGUAGCCGCCCUCCCAGCAGCGGGUCCUCACCGCCCGCUCCAAACUCAAGACUGAAGGCAAGUGCUGUUUGUUCUGGAUAUUAGGAAUGAGAUGUGUUGGUCAGAAAAGGCCUGAGAUGUGACCUCUCCCUCACCACUCCCUGUCUAAACGUCAUUUUGUGGACAGCUUUGCUGUAGGUCAUCAUUUAUUUAUUACUUAAGUACCGACUGUACAGGGUGGUUUGAGAGAAAACUUUAAUCAGUCGUUUUCAGACGUGUUGGUGACAGAUUAAGCCAUGUUAUUCUGACACAUAAAUGUGCCACAGCAGGUGUGGGAGGUAGUUGAAGAAUGAUUUCUUUGUGACUGUCUGGAAAUGUUUGAGUUUUGUUUUCACGACCAGCCAUAUUUUUGUUUGAGGUUAUUUUGUUCACUUUGAAAGGAAAGCAUGUCAUCUGUAGCCAUUUACUGUGAACGUUAACUUGCACAGAGUCAGGAGACUGUCAUGUUACCUUGUGUAGCAAACGGAGUUACACAGAAGGUCUGUAGAGUUUUGGUUUAGGGCAUUUCAUGUAUAUGAUUGUCAUUUUUCUUCACGAGGCACUUGUCAAAUUGUGGGAACAAACAAACCACUCAGUCUGUCCUCGGUGAUAAAAUCUUGGUCCUUGUCAGUAAAGUUUAGUACAUUUGGACUGAUGGGUCUUAUUUGAUCAUAGUCAGUUUUAGCUGUGGCGGCACAGCGGCUGAAAGAGGUCACUAUUUUGGUCCAAAAUGACACAUAUCAAAAACCUGCCUGAAAACUUGGUACACACAUUCUCAUCUCAUAUCUGAAUUCUAUUAACUUUGGUGAUCACGUGACUUUUCAUCAAUGACGAACAUCAUGUCAAAGUUUUCCUUCAUCGUAUGCUUUGGUUUGUGACUAUCUAUGAAACACGUUCAGCUGUUCUUUAAGGGCUAAGCAUGCUCACCAACAUGGGGAACAUGGUGAUUGUACCAGGCAGUCUUCAACAUGUUCAUAGUCAUUGUGAGCACGCUAGCAUUUAACUCAAAGUUCUGCUGUGCUGAACUGGAUCCUCACAGAACCUCUGGCAUGGCAGCAGACUGUAGACUUAGGAUGCCACUGUAGAUAUAAAUUAGACUGCUGUAGUUCUAUUUUUGCACUCACUUUACCAGGUAGUUCAAAAAUACAAGUUCCUGAUGAAGAAAAAUGCCUAAAUUACAAAAACAAAUGGAUUCCUUUUGUCUGUCAAACAUUUUGCAUGUGCAGAUCAAUAAUACUUAAGUUACCACGUGUUUUUAACAGCCAUUGAUAAAAACACACACAAAAUGUCCACGUCUUUAAACCAAGAGUGAGACCAGUUCUGUUGUCCAGAGAGGUCAGUGACCUCUUCCAAAUCUGCCCUUUUCACCAAGGAAACCCAAACGUUUCUACUUGUUAUCAUGAGGUGUAAAUGUAAAAAGUUAGCUUGAAAUUAGAAUCACAAAAACAAAGCAUCUUUACAAUGUGGAGUACAACAGCUGUGUAUUGUAGAAAUGCCCUUUGUUUCAUUUGUUAGACAGUCUAACCAUGUAAAAUGCAAUAGAGAUGUUGAAUUUACUUGUUUUUGUUGUCACAGUUUGGAGUUAAUGAAUUCAUUUAAAAUAAUGCAUAGUUUUUUUUUAAUUGAUUAUUUGGUAUUUAUUGAUCUGUGAAGCUUCUCAGGCAGUGAGGGUUUCUCUCCUGUCAGGCAAUUUUUCCGCCUGAACCAAAGCUGCUCUGUCAUGUUUCUGUUUUUUUUCUAAACAGAGGCUUGUGUUGAGUUUGCACAUCACGAAACAGCUAAAUGCGUUAUACAGACAGUGGGCGUCUGUCGCUUGACUUUGUUGUCCGCUGUUUAAUUUCAGCAACAGUUUCAGCGUCGUCUGUGUCAGAAAGCCACUGGAAAGACUUGAUUGAAAAUGAGACAUGCAUGAAAUCCAAGGUUUGGUUUGUGCAAUUAAAGAUUCAACUUUAAUUUCAGGUGGACUUCAUCAUCAUUAUUGAUUGCAAUGUCUGCAAAACUGAUAACUGAUAAUCAUUUGUAUUUUUAAAAGCAUUUUUUUUUUUACAGCUCGAGGAACUAUUUAACGUAGGAAACGCCGGCCUCUUGUGCUUCUCCCUGCAGGAUAGCUUGUGCUCACUGAUGCUCUCAUCGUCUCACUACAGCAAUAUAAAGUCUCUACCUGCUUUUUUUUGUGGCUCAGAUGCUUCAGCAUCAAGUUGUAGCCUGUGAGCUGCUUUUUUUUCAGCUGUAGUCUCUAGUAGAUGCAGAUUAGGGGAUAGCAUGGUUAAACUUUAAUAAUACGGCUUUUUGUGUGCUUUUUGACACUUGAAACACUGUCAUAGUAUUUAGUCUGAAGAAUAACUCCGAAAUAAUCUGCGAGGAGCUCUGAGGGAUCAGUGGGCUUCUUCGAGACAAACUAGUGUCUCUUUAUGGAUUCAUGGGGAAAAUUUAACUGCUGACAAAUGAGCGAAUGAAUUAAGUCGAAACUCCUGUUCUGAAAUAAUUACUACCUUCCUCAAAUGCCUUUUUUUUAAAGUUAAGACUCCCGCUGCAGUGGGUGGGUUGAUUGUUCACAUUGAGGCUGUGUUUUCUUGGUGUCAUUAAACUGGAUAAAAUAUCUUUUACAACACCACAAACUGCAGCCUCAGAACUAACAAAGGAGAUGAAUUGAAAUCCUCUUUGACUCAACACCAGCAUCGAUUGAAGUUUCAUGAAAGUGGCAUUGAUCUACUGGAAUAUUUUAGUUUUGUAACCGUCCUGGAAACCUCAACAUUUACUUGCAUUACAGCAGAGAACUGUGCAGCUGAAUGCUUUUACAGAUGCAUGUGUCCUGUAGCUUUUAAGUGUCAUCUGCUCUCAUCAGCUUAACUUAAAGCACCUGCGAUGAACACCAUAUGCUACCUUCCCUGCACCAGUCACACUGAGGGACUGGAGGAUAACGUAGAGCAUUCAGUAGAUAAAGAGUCUGAUAUUUCUAGGGAGGUUUUGGAGGGGAAAACAGAGCUUAGAAAUGAGCAGAAGUCAUCAGAGGGAAGGAAACCUAUUUAUUAUGUCACUACAGCAUCCUACUAGUUCCUGCUUUGGUUAUAUAAAGAUUCAGAUCUGUGAUUAUCUAAAGUAUUCCCAUACACGAGGAGAUGCACACACACCACUUUGACUUUAAAUCACAUGUAUUUCCAUAUUGUUUUAUCAGGUUUGUUCGUGUAUUUCAACCAGCAGCACGUGGAGCUUUGAUGACAUCAAACAUUUUCAUACUGUUGCCUCUUGAGAAACUACUUUUGCAAAUAUCAAGAGGGAAACCAUCACUGUUAGUGCAACAGAUGCUUUUGUUUUAGCGAUUUCAAGUCAUAAAUUUGCUCAAAUAAAACGUGCUCUUCAGCUCCAUAUCAGAUUGGUGCAAUACCGCACGUAAAAUGCGACAGUUUGCACUCCCAUGGGCGAUUAGAUAAACAUUUUAUGAGAAGAGUUAAAAAAAAUAAUACAUUGAAGCAAAUCAAUGUUUAACAGCAGUCUGACAACGACGGUAUGCAACCAAAACUGAAACUACUUUAAGAAGAAAUGAGCCAAUCAAAUCAAGGAUUUAUUUUAAAACAUCCAUGUGUAGUCUGUAUAUUUCAGUGUUCAAGUUCUGCAGUAAGAUGCAGGUUUUUGGAUGUCGUAAUGUGAAGCCACUGGACUUUAAUCAGCCUUAGAGAGCAGUCAGUAAUAGUCACAUUUAAAGUGUUCAUGAUCCAUCACACUGCCUACUGCUGAAGUUUUUAGACUCUCUGUAGUUUCUUCAUGUGUUUCUUCAUGUCCUUCCUCGUGUUGCCAAAAGCAGAGUGUCACGCUUCUGAUGCACCACAGGAUAGAGGCCUUGUUUUCAGAAAGACGAGAUGUGGGACGCGUGAAGGGUUCUUCAGUGUCCUGGUUUCUGUGCACUGAGCUGACUGGGAGAACGUUUAGAGAACGGUUGAUUUAGAUGCUGGCUCUCUGUUGUUAAGCUUUUCACUGGGAUGUAAAUGUCAAUGAGCGGAGAACGGGGAGAAGACUUUGUAAAACUUGUAUAAUCAUUAUUUUUGUGUGUCUUUCAUGGAUCUUGAGACAAAAUUUUUACUUAACCGAUGUUUAUAGAUUUUUAUUUAUGGUGUCGAGGUACAAAGAUGUUGUACAGCCGUGCAGCUAUGCACAGUCUUGUCUGCUUAUGUUCAGUAAAUGCUAUUUUUAAAUGUUGGGGGGAAAUAAAUGCAUUAUGGAAUCCUGAA